GACAACAACGACGACACUCGCGGGUCGCUCAGGGCUCAGCUCUUAAAAAUCACUCUAGAACGGAUUAUUCGCAAGCUAACAGUUGACGCGAUCGGAACGGAAGCAGGAGCGUUUGAUUUGUAUUCCUUGAUCAUUAAUAUUGAUGGAACUUAUAUUAUCAGACAGACUCUUCGGUUCAUCUUAACUUUAGUUACGCUCUUUCUCUUUGGGAUUAAUUGGAUUUGAAACUCCUUAUCGCAUCACUAUCCUGACCAAAGACAACGACAUUUUAAUAAAUGUGUAAAAUAUUGUGUGUGGUUAUUUAAAUACAAAUUUAUAUAAUUAAAAAAAAAAUCGAGGUUUGAAUGUGAUGUGCAGCAAUCAAUAAAAAAUAUUGAUAAUGAAAACAUAAAGAAGUGAAAGAAUAUAAUAUACAGAAUUUUGUAUAUACAAUCUUUUUUUUUCAAAGUGAGAAUCACGCAAGAAAAAUCGAAAGAGUGCGAUAAAGUUCAUCUCAUCGAGAAUAGUUUUGAAAUUGGACCGCGAUAAGACGAAGUGUUUUUAAAACGAAGUUUCGAUUACUGAAAAAGAAAAGAAAAAAUAUAAAUUCAAUUUAUAGAGGAUUGGCUCAUCAACUUUAUCUUCAUCAUUAAGGAAGAUAUUUCCGUUUUCCUUUAAUUAGAACUGGGAUAAAAUAUAACAACUCAACAAUGUUACCCUUUCAUUGGGUGGCAUUCGUAGGAAUUGUGAUCGCUAUAGUUGCUGUGAAUGGAGCUAAGAUUCCGGAAGACAAUUUUAUCGAUCCAAAUGCAGUCUAUGGGAGUGAACAAUACGUUGAAGCCGUACAAAAUCUACACCGACGAAGAUUUAAAAGAAGUAAAGGAUUUGCUCGUGGUCAGACUCAAUCUCAAUAUUUGAAUUUUGGCAAACCAGAACAAGAUGGAAAAGCUGAAGCAGAAGCUUCUGAAACCGGGUCAAGAUCGACAGUGUCGGGAACUCAUGGAAUGGGACAGGCUCAAAGUCAGUUUUCUUCGUCUGGAGGAUGUGGGGGAUGUGAAGAUACAAUAGGAUCUCCAGACCCGUAUAGAAUUCCAAGUGACAAACUAAUAACCCCAGGUGGAGGUUAUGCUGACGGCCGAGUUGGAGGAGGUCCAGGUAUGAUGCAAGGAGCUGGAAGAUUUGAUGGAGGACGGCCAGGUGUAGGGCCUGAGGCAGGAUAUGGAAGGGGUGGUGCUGGUGGUAUUGGACCAAGUGCACUAGAUGGAUCUCGGCCUGGUGGUGCGGGUUUUGGACCUGGUGCUGGACCUGGAGUAGGUGUAGGAGGUGGUGCAGGAGUCUCUAGACCAGGUGAUCUCGGCCAAGGUGGUUAUGGACCAGGCAGAGGUGGUAUUGGUGCAGGUGGUUCAGGACCCAUCGGUGGUGGUAUUGGUGGUCAAGGAGGUGUUGGACCAGGAGGAAUUGGGCCGGGUGGUUACGGUCCCGGUGGUGCAGGUCCAGGCAGAGGUAUAUCAGGUGGAUAUGGACCGGGUGGAGCUGGAGCUGGUGGACCCGGUGCGGGUACUUUCCCUGGUGGUGUAGCACAAGGCGAUUCAUCUAGGCCUGGUGGUGUGGGUUCAGGAGGAGUAGGCCCAGGUGGUAUUGGUGGAGGUGGUUCAGGACCUAUCGGUGGUGGCAUUGGUGGUGGUCCUGGUGGUAUUGGACCUGGGCCUGGAGUUAGAGGAACAGGGACCCCUUCAUAUGGCCCUGACGGCUCAGGAGCAGGUAGAGGUGGAUAUGGUCCUGGUUCUGGUGGAUAUCGCCCAGGAGGUGUUGGCGGUGGUUCUUUAGGUCCUGGUCAAAGUGAUAUUCGUCCUGGUGGUAUUGGUGCAGGCGGUUCUGGAUCAGGUGCAGGAUCAGUUGGUGAUGGUGGCCGACCUGGUUAUGGAGACUAUGGACAACCAGGAGCUGGAGGACUCCGUCCAGGCCCAGGUGGAAUUGGUGGAGGAGGUGAUGCUGGUGCAGGCAGCCGUCCGGGUUCUGGAUAUGGUCCUUCUGGAGCUGACACACGAAGACCUGGUGCAGGUGCUCCAGGCACCCAAGGUUACGGACCAGGAGGCACCCGUCCUGGUGGUGCCGGGACUCCUGGCUUAGACGAGUAUUGUAGAUAUACAGAACCUGGUACCGGCGGCAGAUAUGAUCAACGCCCUAAUGUUGCUGGUGGUGCAGUUAUGCCAGGUACAGUACCAAGUGAAACGCUACCAGGAUACAAUUUACCUUCCGACUCGACCGCUGACUUACUCCAUCUACCAGGUCCUGUCGAUGGGGACUCUGAGAAUUAUCCAGGUGGAGAAACAACAAGUGGUUUCCCGGAAGGUGGGUUUUAUCAGGGUGGUUCUUUGCCAAGUGAACAGCCAAAUAGUUUACCUGGUCCCGAUUCACGUUUAGGUGGUCGUGUUCCUUCAGGUGGUCCAGCAGAUAGGUAUGGCUCCGGUGCAGGCAUCCCUGGUGGUGUAGGUGGACAAGGAACCGGAGAUAGAUAUGGCCCAGGUGCGGGUGUAGGUGGUGCUGGCGAUAGAUACGGACCUAGAGGUGGUGCUGCGGGACAAGGUGUAGGUGGCGAUAGGUAUGGCCCUUCAACAAUCCCUGGAGGAUCUGGAUACAUCCCCGGUGGAAGUGGUGGCGGAUAUGGUCCUGGACAAGCAGUGGUACAACCUGGAGGUAGAUAUGGACCGGAUGGUGUUGACAGUACGGGAAGUAGAUACGGUGCAGGAGGAAGACCCAGUGGUGGAGCUAGUGAUGGUUAUGGUCCAGGCAUGGAGGCUGGUUCAAGUCCAGGAUAUGGCUCUGGAGCUGGGACGGGAACUGGGGGAGUUGGAGGAAGACCUGGAGCUGGUCAUGCGUAUGGACCUGGUGGUGGGGUUGGAGAUAGAUAUGGUAUUGGAUCUGUGCCUGGUUCGGGUGGUAUGUAUGGUCCCGGAGUAGGUGGGACAGGAACUGGAGCAGGUGGCCCGGGUGGUGGGUACGGUCCAAGCGGCGGAACUGCAGGUGCUCCAGGAGGUUUAUAUGGACAAGGAGUUGGUGAUGGUAGCGUGGGUACAGGCACGGGCUCAUAUGGACCAGGAGCUGGUGCUCUUAGACCAGGUGCAGGUGGUAUUGGACCAGGAGCUGGUGCUCUAAGACCAGGCUCAGGUGGAAUUGGGCCAGGAGCAGGUGGUAUUGGACCAGGAGUAGGUGGUAUUGGACCAGGAGCAGGUGGUAUUGGACUAGGAGUGGGGCCAGGCACAGGAACUAGUGGUAUGAGACCUGGAGUUUCCGGUACUUAUGGACCAGGAUCUGGUGGUGCAGGAGUAGGAAUGGGUCCAGGAGCUGGUGACUUGUAUGUUCCUGGUGUUGGUGGUUCAGGAGCUGGAUUGGGACCAGGAACUGGUGCUAUGUAUGGUCCAGGAGGUGGUGGUUCAGUAACAAGGCCAGGUUCUGGAUCAGGAGGCACUUAUGGUCCCACAACGGGUGGAGCAGGAACAGGACCCGUAGGUGGUGGUGCCUUUAGGCCUGGUGUUGGAGGAACAGGAAUGAGACCAGGUGCUGGAGGUAUGGAUACAAGACCAGGAUCUGGGGGAAUAUAUGGACCAGGUGUGGGUGGAUAUGGCCCCGGUGCCGUUGGUGCCGGAAUGGGACCAGAGUCUGUUGCUUCGGGAGCAAUUCCAGGAUCUGGUGGUCAAUAUGGACCAGGUGCCGGUGGUGUAGGAGUUGGACCAGGUGGUGCUAGUGGAACUUACGGACCUGGAGUUGGUAGGGUAGGUACAGGAGGAAUGUACGGUCCUGGAGGGGCCGGUGGACAAGGAAUGGGACCAGGCAGCGGUGCUGGAGGAAUUGGCCCAGGUGCUGGAGGAGCAGGAACUGGUGGAUUAUAUGGCCCAGGUGCUGGAGGUGCAGGAACUAGUGGAGUAUAUGGUCCAGGUGCUGGAGGUGCAGGAACUGGUGGAGUAUACGGUCCAGGUGCUGGGGGUGCAGGAACUGGUGGAGUAUACGGUCCUGGUGCUGGAGGUGCAGGAACUGGUGGAGUAUAUGGUCCAGGUGCCGGAGGUGGAGGAACUGGCGGAAUAUACGGUCCAGGUGCUGGAGGUGCAGGAACUGGUGGAGUAUAUAGUCCAGGUUCUGGAGGUGCAGGAACAGGUGGAAUAUACGGUCCAGGUGCAGGAGGUGCAGGAACUGGUGGAGUAUAUGGUCCAGGCGCAGGAGGUGUAGGAACUAGUGGAAUAUAUGGUCCAGGUGCUGGUGAUGCUGGUGGAUUAUAUGGUCCAGGUACAGGCGGUGCAGGAACGGAUGGAUUAUACGGUCCAGGUUCUGGUGUAGGACCAGGUGCAGGAACUGGUGGAUUAUACGGUCCAGGUUCUGGUGUAGGACCAGGUGCUGGAGCUGGAUAUGGUCCAACUGCUGGAGGUGCGGGAACAGGUACCGGUGGACUAUACCCUUCAGGUGGAACAGGAGGAGCAGGUCAACAAUAUGGCCCAGGAGUAGCAGAUGGUGGAACUGGAGGACUAUACGGCCCAGGCGCUGGUUCAGGUAUAGGAAGCGUAAGUGUUCCAGGAGCAGGGUACAGACCAGGAGGUCCUUCUGGUUUGACUGCCCCUGGUGGUGUUGGAGACAUAGGAGGCAUUGGCGGUAUCGGUGGAGUCGGUGUUGGAGAUGGUGCUGCAAUUGGUUCAGGUGGAGCCGAUGAUGCUUUCUCACAAGCCGAAUCGACCGUUAAAGACGGUCAAGCUGCUGCAAGUGCUAUGGGCAAGAAGAAUGGUGGUACAGCAAAGACUCAAGUUUCUGGAACAUACACCUCUUCAGGCACAUUCAGUGCCAGUGCAAUGACAUCCGAUGCAGACCGUGCAGCAAACGCUCAAGUCAGUGGCAGCAACGAAGGUACCAUGACACAAUCCCAAGGCCAAGGUGGGGCUGCCCAGUCACAGUCACAAGUUCAAGUUAACUCUAAGACAGGAGGUACAAAGGCCUCAUCUCAAAGUGGUGGAUAUGUUCACCAAAGCCAAAGCGAGGUUCAAGCUAACGACAAAGGUGGUCUAGCUGAUUCACAAUCAAGUGGUCCAGGACAGACAUCAUCUCAAGCUCAAAUUGGCUUCAGACCUAAACAAGAAGCCGAUGAAAGCAUUCAAUCUUCAGGAGGUGGACAAGCAUCAGCACAGUCUUCUAGUCACUCAGGACAAUCACAAUCACAAAUUCAAGGUCAAUCUAGGUUUGGAAUCUCAUAUCAUGGAGCCGCUCAAUCAGCUUCAGGAACAAAGGAACAAGUCGCGACUUACAGAGAGCAGAACCGACAACUUUUCCAAUCCAUAAGUGAUUUUGGAAAUACUGACAGUAUUAUCGAUAAAGUAGACAGUGCUUACGGUCCACCGGAAGGUGUUCCACUUCCAAACAACGAUGUUCAGCUGCGUUCAUCCUCAAAAUCAAACGAUGUUAAACCUCUGCCACACCCAUCAAGCAAGGACUCAGAUGAACCCGCCGAGGAGGAAGAAGAGGAAUACGAAUACGGCGACGACGAAGACUACAGCUACAAUGAGAACGUCGUGAAUAUGGGACAGAAGACUGCACCUGAAAAGGGAGCAAGCACUACAGCAAAGCCAUCCGCUUCCGCCACAAAGAUCUUCUCUCAAAACACACCAACCCAAAGCCAAAAAGCAGCUGUCGCUGAUCCCAAGGACAAGUUCUCACUCAUUCAAAAACAAAAUGGACGUACCGUGAAUUACAUUCCCCGUUCAACAACCGAAUCCAUUCCCAGUGGCUUCCGCGGAACCGUUAAUGUUGAGAAGAAGUUCCACACAAAAUCACUCGAUUCCACCAAAGAAAAAUCCGAUUCCGAGGGUAAAUCCAAGAAAAAACUUCCCGGUCCCGAUAGUUACGUAACGGUUACAAAGUCCGUCACCGGAAGCAUGGACAACACCAAAAAUCCUCCGGUGGAAAAUAAGAAUUUCCAAUCAACUUACUACACAAAGUCAUCAACUUGUGGUUACUUUACAUUCUCCUGCAAUAUAGUUUAUGGAGCGAAUGGACGAAGCAAAGUCUGCCGGCCCAAAGCACCAGCGAAUGGAAAAUGUUAGAGUUAUCUUCUUUAUUAAUUAAUUAAGAAUAUUAAGUUAAUUUUUUUUAACUAUAUCCAACAGCAAAAUAGAAGUUGUUUUUAAGUAGAGUAACGCCGAGUUUUAUUCACUGUUCUUUUAAUAAAAUUAUCUAAAUCUUAUAAAUAAUAAUCAUA